CAGCGCGAGCGCCCGAACCUGCGGCUGGACACCAAGAUGCCCAGUGAACAGCAGACAGAGGAGGAGGAGGAGGAGGAAGGGAUGAAAGAAGAGAUGGUGCUGCUGGUGAAGGGUGAGGAGGAUGAGGGUGAAGAGAAGUAUGAAGUGGUGAAACUCAAGAUCCCCAUGGACAACAAGGAGGUCCCGAGUGAGGCGCCAGCCCCGUCGGCGUACCCGGCGCGCCCACAUGAGUGCCGGGACUGCGGCCGUACCUUUGCGCGCAGCUCCACAUUGACCAAGCACGCCCGCAUACACACGGGCGAGCGGCCCCUUGCGUGCACCGAGUGCGGCCGCCGCUUCUCGCAGAAGUCGGCGCUGACCAAACACAGCCGCACGCAUACGGGCGAGCGGCCUUACGAACGCCCGUAAUGAGACAAGCGCUUCUCAGCUGCCUCGAACCUGAGGCAGCACCGCCGUCGCCACACGGGCAAGAAUCCGUACGCCUGCACACAAUGUGGCCGCCGCUUCGCGAAGAGCUCCAACUACGCACAGCACCUGCGCGCGCACACGGGCGAGAAGCCGUACUUGUGCCCGGACUGCGGACGCGCCUUCGGGGGCAGUUCGUGUCUGGCGCGCCACCGACGCACGCACACGGGCGAGCGGCCGUACGCAUGCGCCAACUGCGGCGCGCACUUCGCCCAGAGCUCGGCGCUGGCCAAGUACUGGCGCGUGCACACGGGCGAGCAGCUGCGCUGCUACGCUGUGUACGGCCGCGGCUUCGGCCACCGCUCCAACCUGGAGGAGCAUGCGCGCACGCACACAGGCGAGCGGCCCUACCCACGUGCCGAGUGCCGCCGGCGCUCCCGCCUCAGCUCGCACUUCGUCAGCCACCGUCGCGCGCCCAUGCGGCGCCGUCUGUGUAUCUGCGCGGGCUGCGGCCGGGACUUCAAGCUACCUGCCGGAGCCACUGCCACAGAGCGCUGCCCAGAUUGUGAGUGCAGUUGA